AUGGAGGCGGCGGACGAGUGGCUGCUGCAGUCGCUGCGACUAAGUGGAGCUAAGUGGCUGGAGCUGUUCCGGCUUCAGGGUGUGGGGCUCCAUGGACUGCGCGGUCACUCGGGUUUGUGUCAGGGAGGGCGGGCUGGGCAGGGGGGCAGCCCUCACCGUGUUCCUGGCUCUUCAUGCCCACCCCACGAAGGUGUCUGUGUAGCCGGGUAUGGACAGUCUGAUGGGAACGAGAUCCUGCAGCUGAUCCCACCGCCAACGCUGCUGACAAAGGAGACCCAGGGCCUGUGUCCAGAGAGAGAUUUCAAGGUAGAAUGUGGUGGAUUUUCAGAGCGCCCAGUGUACAGCCUGAAAUAUGUGCCAAACACCAGCUUGCUGGUAACCAGUGGCCCACCCGACAGCUCCCUCCAGGUCUGGCAGGUGUCAGCAGAGAACUCUGAUGUUAUUAAAUCUGUAAGCACCAUAGCAACAGAAAGUGGCACUGGGCAAUCCUGGGCUAAAAUUGCCACCAUUUCAGCCAGAGCCCCAUGGGUCCUUCAUGGCUCAAGACUUGACAGAGUCCAAAUUACAGAGGUUGAAUCAAGGAAAAAUGUCUACACAGCAGCUUCCAGAGGCAGCGAGGAGCUCAGCAACCUGGCCUUCCUGGACUGCAACACGGUGCUGCUGUGCUGCGCCACAGGCCGGCUGUGCCUGGCCGACACCCGGCAGCCGCAGAGCCUCGUGGAGGCCGCCUCGGUGCCCUCGGCGCCCUGCAGCGAGCAGUGGUGCAUGGGCACCAGGCAUGCAGCUCAGGGCUUGGAGCCGAGCUCCCAGCCCGUGGCUCGCCUCUCGAGCAGGGGGCUCCUAACCCUGACAGACCUCAGGAAAACCUCAGAGCUCUUGGCCUUGGCAAAGGCCAGAGUCUCCUCUCCUGGCUCAGAGUUCCUGUGCGUCUCCUGGGCUCCUGCUCUAGAAGGCUACCUUGCCAUUUCAGGUUUUGAUGGCACCGUGCAUGUGUACGACACGCAGAGCUGGGACAGCUCUGGCAGGGAAGCAGAGCCCAUCUUCGUUCACAGAGGCCACGCAUUUGGCGGAGCAGGUGGCAGUGAGGACCCUCCCCUGGUUACUGUGCACACAUGGCACCUGCAGAAACCCAGAACUUUGUUGUCAGCAGCGAGCGAUGGUUCCUUGCAUGUCUGGGACUGGGUUCAGCCCUGUGGGAAGUGUGGGUAGGUGGUGUUUGGGUGAGAUGGGGCAUUUCCUGCCUCUGCUCUAGUUUGCGUGGGCUGCAGGGUGUGUGUUUGCCUGCAGAUACUGUUUGGAGACUGUUGCAGUGAGCAGAACAACUGUAAAAUUUCUAUUUUAAUAGUAGUAAAAAUUUUGGCUAUGUUACUUGUUCUCCUGUGUACCAGCCUUCAGUUGAGAGCUGUGCCUGUGGUUCUGACUGGCUGCUGGCAGAGAACAUUUGCUGUUGUUUGAUCAUAGGCUUGUGUCAUGUCUGCAGAAAGGGAGAGUAACAAAAAGGAGAGAGACUUGACAAGGGCCUAG